UUUUGUCUGUCAUCCAUUGAAAGCUUUUGCUACGGCGGAGCCUCAACAUUUGUUCUGUCAUUUCAACUCCCAAUUCCAACUCCUUUCCUCUCUCUCUCUUUGCUCUUUAUUUCUUCAAAAGACCCUGCGCCUCUCUUCAUUUCAUCUUCAAAACAACUUAAAAUUUUUCAAACAAAACGAAGAUGAAGAUCCGUUUAUUGUUGCUUGUGUUCUUGUGUUUUUUGUUUCAUAUGUGUUACUCUUCUGUUACCAUUGUUGUUGAUGGUGUUUCAGAUUGGAAAGAUCCCUCUGUCCAUAUUGGAGAUUCCAUCAUUUUCAAGCACAAGUUUCAUUAUGAGCUCUUCAUUUUCCGUGAUCAAAGAGCUUUUGAUCUUUGCAAUUACACUCAUGCCACUCUUCUCACCAAACCCAAUUCCACUUCAUUCAUGUGGCAUCCAUCAAGGCUUGGCAUUUUCUUCUUUUCCUUCAACAAUGGCUCUAAAAGCUCUUGCAAUGGCUCUCAAAAGUUUGCUGUGAAGGUCUCUGCUUCAUCUCCGCCUCAAAGUUCCCACCUUUCUCCACAUAACCCUCCAAUGGCGGCUCCGGCACCGGUUUCCAAUGGAGUUUUGCCGUCUACUCCGGCAUACCCUUGGCCGUUUCACCCUCGGCAGGGGGCGUCGUCGCCAAGUCCGUCGCCGGGAAUGCCGCCGAGUGCUAGUGUGCCGUUGACGGUGCCGGCGAAAGGAGGAGGUAUGGCGUUUAUUAACAGUAAUCCGGCGGUUCCACUUCCCACCGGCGAAGUGGAUACGGCCACUAUUCGACCUUUGCAAACAUCGAACGAUGGAACUCAUAGGAAUGUGCAGGUAAUUAUGGCAAUUCCUCUUCUACUUAAAAUGACUUUAAUUUCAAUCUUGUUUCUAUAGAAAUAGAAAGAGAGAUGUGAUUUGAUUUUAGAGUAUCCCAAUUUUUGUGUAAAAAAAAUGAUGAAGGUAAUGUUUUAGAAUGGUUGAUGAUGAUGAGAUACAAUCAAUCAAUGCAUUUGGAUUUU